AGAGUGUAACGAGCUAUGAAAAAACAAGAGCGAUGUAAGGCGGCCCUGGUCCCUGACAUCCAAGCCCGGAGCGGCCUCUCCCUAACCACGGUGCCGCUCUGGGGAACCGCCCGGGGGCCGGGGGUAGAGCAGCGCGCAGAGGUGCGCGAGGUCGUCGGAGCUGCGAUGAGGGUCACCAGAGCCCCACCCUCGGGGGAGGGCGAGAGGGCGGGAUCUCAGCCCAGCCCGCGGCCGUGACGCCCCUUCGGCGCUACCGCCCCAGAGGCGAGCUUGCUCCGGGCAAGGGCGGGGCCGUGCCGGUCCGCCAGGUGCGCGCCGCGCGGCCUAGGGGGCGGUCCGGCCUAGGCCCCGCCCCCCGGGCGUCCAUAAAUGCGCGGGGCCCGCAGCGCAGCGGCCCGGAGCGUGGCUUUCUGGGCUUGGGGCGGUUAGCGUGGCCCUCAUCUGCGUGGGGUCACGCCCGGCUCGGGGCGGACUCGCAGGUCAAGCCAUGCUGUUCUGGCACACGCAGCCCGAGCAUUACAAUCAGCACAACUCCAGCAGCUACCUGCGGGAUGUGCUCGCCCUGCCCAUCUUCAAGCAGGAGGAGCCCCAGCUGUCCCCCGAGAAUGAGGCCCGCCUGCCGCCCUUGCAGUAUGUGCUGUGUGCUGCCACAUCCCCAGCUGUGAAGCUGCAUGAGGAGACGCUGACCUACCUCAACCAAGGUCAGUCUUAUGAAAUCCGACUGCUGGAGAAUCGGAAGCUGGGAGACUUUCAAGAUCUGAACACAAAAUAUGUGAAAAGCAUCAUCCGUGUGGUUUUCCAUGACCGCAGGCUGCAGUACACAGAGCACCAGCAGCUGGAGGGCUGGCGGUGGAGCCGGCCUGGGGAUCGGAUCCUGGAUAUAGAUAUCCCACUGUCUGUUGGUAUCUUGGACCCCAGGGCCAGCCCGACCCAGCUGAAUGCAGUUGAGUUUUUGUGGGACCCUUCGAAGAGAGCCUCUGCAUUCAUUCAGGUGCACUGUAUCAGCACAGAGUUCACUCCAAGGAAGCACGGGGGCGAGAAGGGAGUGCCUUUCCGCGUGCAGAUUGAUACAUUUAAGCAGAACGAGAAUGGGGAGUACACGGAACACUUGCACUCGGCCAGCUGCCAGAUCAAGGUGUUCAAGCCCAAGGGAGCUGACCGGAAACAGAAGACUGACCGGGAGAAGAUGGAGAAAAGAACCGCCCAGGAGAAGGAGAAGUACCAGCCAUCCUAUGAAACCACCAUUCUCACAGAGUGUUCUCCAUGGCCUGACAUGGCCUACCAGGUGAAUAGCGCCCCCUCUCCAAGCUACAAUGGCUCUCCAAGCAGCUUUGGCCUUGUCGAAGGCAACACCUCUCCGACCCAUCCGGUGGAGGCCUUGCCCCUGGGUGGCGAUCAUCUGCUCCCAUCAGCCUCCAUCCAGGAUGCCCAGCAGUGGCUGCACCGCAACAGGUUCUCACAGUUCUGCCGGCUCUUCGCCAGUUUCUCAGGUGCUGACUUGCUGAAGAUGUCUCGGGAUGAUUUAGUACAGAUUUGUGGCCCUGCAGAUGGCAUCCGGCUCUUCAAUGCCAUCAAAGGCAGGAACGUGAGGCCGAAGAUGACCAUUUAUGUGUGUCAGGAGCUAGAGCAGAACCGCGUCCCCCAACAGCAGAAGCGGGAUGGUGGCGGGGACAGCAGUCUGUGUGUAUACCAUGCCAUCUUCUUGGAAGAGCUGACCACCUUGGAGUUAAUUGAGAAGAUCGCCAAUCUGUACAGCAUUGCCCCCCAGCACAUUCACCGCGUCUACCGGCAGGGCCCCACGGGUAUCCACGUGGUGGUCAGCAACGAGAUGGUGCAGAAUUUCCAAGAUGAAUCUUGUUUUAUCCUCAGUACCUUGAAAGCCGAGAGCAAUGACGGCUAUCACAUCAUCCUGAAAUGCGGCCUCUGAACAGAAGAAGAGCAUGUAGCUGCCUCUGGCUACCAGCCCCAUGGACCCCCUUGGAUGUAGAAAUCUCACUGUAAGCUGCAGCUUGCAGCUUCCCUGACAAGCUGUGGCUAGGAGGGACCUUGCCCAGUCCAGGAAGACCACAGACCAACAACCAGCAGAAACCUACGAUGCGGUCUCUUCCUCACAGGAAGCUGCUGGGUCUCCUCCCCCUUGUUCCUGGCCUCCGGCUUUUGAACAGCGCCUUAUUCUUUUUCCCAGUGCUGCCAC